AAAGAGUAGAGAGAGAGCACACGCCUAUUGUUGGAUAAGAAGGGGAGAUAACCAAACCGAAGGGGGAAAAAAGGGGGACAAAUCAUCAGCCGUCGGAUCUAGGGUUGUUGAUCCGCCGCUAUGCCGAAGAACAAGGGUAAGGGAGGGAAGAAUAGGAAGAGAGGGAAGAACGAAGCCGAUGACGAGAAGAGAGAAUUGGUUUUCAAGGAAGACGGACAGGAGUACGCGCAGGUCAUGCGCAUGCUCGGUAACGGACGGUGCGAGGCCACGUGCAUCGACGGCGUCAAGCGCCUUUGUCACAUCAGGGGCAAGAUGCACAAGAAGGUUUGGAUCGCCGCCGGCGAUAUUAUCCUCGUCGGUCUCCGCGAUUAUCAGGAUGACAAGGCCGAUGUGAUCCUGAAGUACAUGCCCGACGAAGCCAGGUUGUUGAAGGCCUACGGCGAACUGCCCGAGAACACUAGGCUCAAUGAGGGUAUUGCUGGAGGACUUGAUGAGGAGGAGGAUGGCCCUGGCGAUGAUUACAUUGAAUUUGAGGACGAAGACAUCGACAAACUCUAAAGAGCUUUUGAGAGCUGCAUCCCUAUCUAUUUUUUUCUUUUAAAAAAUAGCCUUUUGGAUUUUUCAAUACUAGAGGAUUGUUGUCUAUUAUGUUUGAUGAAAAUAUGUGUGGAUUUCUCUCUAUGGGUAUUUUGGUUGAUACAAUAACAGUGAGCUCGAGUUA